UCAGCGGGAAGUAAAUACUUCCGUGGAGGUCUUCGAGCCGAAGCAGCGGUAGUGGAGUGUGUAGAAGAUUCUCUUACGUUCAAUUUUAGGCUUAUUUAACUCCAAUAAUGCCGUAUGCUAACCAACCGACGGUGAAAAUCACAGAACUGACAGACGAAAAUGUCAAAUUUGUCAUUGAAAACACUGAUUUGGCGGUUGCAAACUCCAUCCGCCGUGUCUUCAUGUCAGAAGUUGCCACUAUAGCAAUUGACUGGAUCCAGAUUGACGCCAAUUCAUCAGUGCUGCAUGAUGAGUUCAUUGCACACAGAGUUGGUCUCAUACCUCUCACAAGUGAUGACAUUGUGGACAAAAUGCAGUAUUCUAGGGACUGCACUUGUGAUGACUUUUGUCCAGAGUGUUCUGUUGAGUUGACGCUGGAUGUUCGAUGUACCGAGGACCAGACACGUCAUGUUACCUCACGCGACCUUUUGUCCAACAACCCCAGAGUCAUCCCAGUGACUUCCAGAAGUCGAGACAAUGAUCCCAACGACUAUGUUGAACAAGAUGACAUUUUACUGGUGAAGCUUCGUAAAGGUCAGGAACUGCGGCUCAGGGCAUACGCCAAGAAAGGCUUUGGUAAGGAGCACGCCAAGUGGAACCCCACAGCAGGGGUUUCCUUUGAGUACGACCCCGACAACGCACUGAGACACACAGUCUACCCACGACCCGAGGAGUGGCCAAAGAGUGAAUACUCAGAGAUUGAAGAGGAUGAGGUUCAGGCUCCGUAUGACCCCAAUGGAAAGCCAGAAAGGUUCUAUUACAACGUGGAGUCAUGCGGCUCUCUGCGACCGGAGACCAUCGUCAUGUCAGCACUGGCUGUCCUGAAGAAGAAGCUGAGCGACCUGCAGACUCAGCUGAGCCAUGAGAUCCAGAGCGACGUGCUCACCAUCAACUGAGGACCGUUCCUCAACAGACCUGCAUUUACACAGCUUUGUAAUAACCAGAGGGCUGACUGAGCAUUGUUAUAGUCACAGUUACAGUUUAUGGAAGUAGAUGUAAAAACUAUUAUGUUAAAUGUUUCAUCAUUUGAAACCAACAUAAUUACUGUGAGACUUCCAUGUACAAAAUGACUGUUUACCUGGACGUGUGUUCUUGAAAUGAUUUCAGCUCCCUGCAGUGAUUGUAACCUAAGCUGUGUGUGUGUCUGUUAAACCAUGCAACGCAAGGUUAGUGUCUCGAAGGGAUUUUGGCUCAGAAUGAUGCAAAUCUGGUUUUCCGGUUGGAAGUGUAACACUUACACUGUUAGAUUAUUAUUUUGUUAAAUGUUACUUUUUAAAUAAAUCUGCCUUUGGAAACU